AGGAUAAUAAUCAAGGUUAUGUAUUCAGAUGUACCAGUCGAGGCCUGGCACAAGGGGACCCCAGCUCCCCUCUCAUAUUUAAUUUAAGUACCGCAAAAAUAUGUAAAAUAAUUAAUUUUGUAUUUCGUAGCCAAUAUGCAGAUGAUUUUGUUUUUUAUGUUAGCGAUAAAAGCUUAUUUACCUGUGCGAAUCAAUUACAAAAAGCGCUCACUUUAUUAGUUAAUGUGCUGGAUGAGUUAGGUUUGUCUAUAUCGACAUCAAAAUCUAAAUUUUGUGUGUUUAGUAGGGGUCGUCGCAGACAACCCGUUUCUAUUAAAAUAAAUCAAUUAGAAAUCGAACGUGUGUACGAAUAUAAAUACUUAGGCAUGUGGCUAGAUAACUCGUUGCGCUGGGGUAAACAUUUAAAUGAAACACUGAUUAAAACUCAAAAAUUUCUAAAUAUCUUGAAGGUCCUAAGAGGAUCCGGGUGGGGUGCUCACCCAGAUCAUCUGCGUAGGUUGUAUUUGUCUUUGAUUAGGAGUAGAUUUGAUUAUGGUUGUUAUCUAUACGACAAUAGUGCGCAAGUUCAUUGUAAUAAAAUAGAUGUCGUACAAAACCAAUCUUUACGUAUUAUUGGCGGGUUCAUUAGAAGCACACCGAUACACGCGAUGGAGGCGGAGUUGUCCAUACCGCCGCUACACGUUAGGAGAAUGUACCUAGCUUAUAAGUACUGUUCUAAGAUACGAGCGUGGAUUGAUAAUAAAUCUAACGAGUGUAUCAAUAAUUUACUUACAGCUUGCCAGUCUAAUAGUUUUUGGGUUAGGAAAAAAAUACCACUAUUAGUCACGUGCUAUGGAAAGAUGGUAAACGAGGUGAUUUAUUCGUCUUCAGUCUUAGAUAUGUUUAACCUAAAAACGUGGGUUACUAAUUUUGAUUCGGAAAACAUAAUUAAAAUUAAUUUAGAAUGUAUAAACACGGCUAAAAAGGAUUAUGAAAUUAAUGCAUUAAAAUAUGAAUUGUCUAAAGAAUUAAAUGAAAAAUAUUACAAUUAUUAUUUUAUUUUUACCGAUGGUUCGAAGAGUGGUACAGAUCGGGGGGCAGCAUUUUACGAUGCAAAUUCAAGUGAAGAUGGAUUGUACUUGUUUAAUAAUUGUUUUAAAAUAAAUUCUAAUAUUUCAAUCAUGUCGGUGGAACUUAUUGGAAUUUCGAAGGCCAUCAAUUAUAUAAAUUAUGUUAGGCAUAAUAAAUUUGUUAUAUGUAGUGAUAGUAAAAGUUCUCUUCAACAUAUCUCUCGAUGCGCUUCUGGCAGGAGGGGCGUAUCGAUUGCAUAUGACAUUAUAUCGCAGUUAAAUGAUUUAUUGGAUCGUGGCAUAGAUAUAAAAUUGCAAUGGGUUCCAUCUCACGUAGGUUUAAAGGGUAAUGAGAGGGCUGACUCUUUAGCGAAAAUAGCUUCAGUGUACGGUUUAGAGUAUAAUGUUUUUCCAAACUAUUCAGAAUUGCUGCCAAAGUAUAGAUUAACAUGUUAUGGUUUUUGGAAGGAAUAUUUUAAUCGACGUUCUAUGGAAAAAGGUAUUUGGUAUAGAUGUAUUCAAAGUGAGCCCCCUCAUGUUCCCUGGUUUUUGCGUACAAAGCUUUCAAGAGCGACUAUUGUGACCGCUCUCAGGUUGAGAACGGGCCAUAUGCCAUUAAAUAAAUUUGCCUUUCUAAUGAAAAAGAAGGACUCGCCCAAUUGUGACACUUGUGGAGUAGUGGAAGAUGUACAUCAUCUUCUUACAGAAUGUACGAGUUUUGAACAAGAGAGACAUGCAAUUAUGCUGUCUUUUAAUUUAAAUCAGCAUGAUGUUGGUUUAUUUAAUAGUUUAUUAGCAAAUGCCUCGUCCGACGCUGCAAAACAUUUGUACAUGGCUGUGAGUCAUCACUUAAUUAGUAGGCAUUAACUUUCUUUUGUUUGUUUUUUAUGUAAUGUAUUGUGUUGAACUAACAGGACCGACAUGUAUUCUUAUAAAGGUCCUAUACAUAAAUUAAACAGAAUAAAAAAAA